CCGCCUCGCGCCGCCUGCCGUCGUCCUGUCCUCGCCGAUUGCGAUAUCAUAAUUGAAGGAAAGGGAUGUAUCUGUUGAUGCCUGGAUGUCGUAUUUGAAUACUGAGUGUAAUUGUUCCUAGAAACGAUGGCUUCAGAAGAAUUCAUCAGUCUUGGGGAACCUUGUGAGACUGAUACGAAAGAUGAAGAAGGGACCAGCCUUCAGAAUAUGCCCCUCAAUGUGAAUGGAGGUGUCCCAUCGGUAUCAGAAUGUCAACUAGAAGGGGAGCCUAGCACCUUGGAUAACACCAAGGCUUCGGAGAGGAUCAUAGAUCUUGAAGAAGAACGAGAUCAAGUGGAUGGGAACCCUAUUACUAUGGGUAGUACCAAGGCUUCAGAUGUGAUUAUAGAUCUUGAAGAAGGUCAAGUGGAAGACAUGGACCUGUCAGAUGAUGAUAUAGUUGUCGUAAAACAUCAGCAUUUAAAUGCUUCUAUCCAGUCUGGGACCAGUCUAGCAGAUGUACAGGGUCUACAUGGUGUUUCAGUUGAACUAGAUAAAGCUAAUGGGCUUGAGAAUGGCAGUCAUGCAUCGAAAAAUAUCUUGGUCGAUGAAAGCCCCAUUAGAGGAGUUAAAAGAGCCCGAAUUGAAUCAACUGAGCCUUCAGUUCGUGUGAUUUACAGCAACUUGACAAGGGAGAGCAAAAGAAAGCUUAUGGAAUUAAUGCAACAAUGGUCUGAAUGGCAAACCAGAAAGCAAAAUACAUUGAUGAAAUUUGGGGAAGAGGAUUUGGAAUAUGGUGAAGAGACUUAUUAUCCAGCAUUACAUGUUGGUUCAGAGAAAUCCUGUGCUGUGUCAUUUUGGGUGGAUAACCAAGCAAAAGAAAGUGUUCCUCUGGAUGAUGAUUCGGUCCCACUAUAUGAUCGAGAGUUCACAUUGGGCUCAACUCCUUUGGGUGAUCCAUCAAAUACUAAAAGCAGAGCAGAUAAAGAUGAUUCUCGCUGUUUCAACUGUGGGUCUUAUAGUCAUGCUCUGAAGGAAUGCCCUAAGCCUCGUGACAAUGCUGCAAUUAACAAUGCACGCAAGCAACACAAUUUGAAAAGGAACAUAUCUAAUGUUAAUCGUGGACAAAAUCGUUACUAUGUGAAAACUCCUGGGAAAUUUGAUGAUCUGAGACCAGGAGUUCUUGGACCUGAGACGAGAGAAUGCUUGGGUAUCAGGGAAAAUGAUCCACCUCCGUGGCUGCACAGAAUGCGUGAACUGGGUUAUCCUCCAGGUUACCUUGAAGUGGUUGAUGAAGAGGACAAACCCUCUGGUAUCACCAUAUUUGGAGAUGAGGACAUAACAGAAGAAUAUGAGGAGGGAGAGCUUCCAGAUCAAGGCGAAGCAUUCUCGCCUCGGAAAAGGGAGACGGUGGAAUUCCCUGGAAUAAAUGGCCCUGUUCCAGAGAAUGGUGACCAUUGGCUCUGGGACAGCACACCCCCUCAGUACUCAGGGCGUCUUCAUUCCUCAGAUUUGAGAAAACGUGAUAGAGACCCUCCUGGUGCUGAUCGGUAUUCAUCGAGAUAUCACUCCUAUGACUAUGGACCAGCAAGCCCCAGUCAUGGAAGGUCUUACCCAGAUAGAGGACGGAGAAGCUCUUCGGGAUAUGAAAAUUUGCCAACUGAUGAUGGUGCCUGGACGCCGACUGCAUAUUCAAGCCGACAAUACUCAAGCCACUACAGCCCAAGCUCGGAGACGUCAUCGCAACACUCCAGGGACAGGUAUGAUAGGCACCACCACCACAGGAGGUGAGCAAAACAUGUAGCUGAUCUGUACCAUAUCAACUGCUGAACAAUCUGAUAUCUGCCAGCUGUUUGGAAGCUGCCGCCUCAUGGCUUCAGAUGACUACUCUACAUCUCUUCUGCUUCUCUGUGCUCUGUAGCCCCUUAUUGCUGAUGAAACUGUAGAAUACAAACAUUUUUACCUCAUGGUAGCAUACUUCUUUUCUGAGACAGACUUAUUACUUCAUUUGUGCAUAACAAAUGUGUAAUAUUGUAAAACUAUUGUUUCCAAAGAAAGCUACGAAAGUAAAGGAGUGACUCGAGGGUCUAGGGGGGACAGAUGGGAAGAUGGCGACUGUUCUCUAGAUCUCCUUUAUCUUUCGCCCGAAAUGCAAGCUGUCCGUCCAUAUGAAAUGAAAGGCACAAAGCACGGCAAAUUCUGGAGCCAAAACCUGCCAACAGCCUGCCUUUUGCUUGAUGUCUGCUGCAUGCUUUCCUUUCCUUGGAUCAGGCAUGUUCAUUCAUGCCCUGCCUAUGUGCCUAUAUGCAUGCUGCUGCUACACU